ACCAAAGGCCACACUGUCUAGCGUUGUCCGUGAAAUAGAACUGUGAAAAAUGGCGGCAAGUAUCAGCGGCGUGUUGGGUGGAGACUUACAAAAUGCGGUGCUACAAAGUAAAGUUUUGGUUGUGGGUGCCGGUGGAAUUGGCUGUGAAAUUCUCAAGAAUCUCGUCCUGACGGGAUUUACUGAUAUUGAUAUUAUCGAUCUGGAUACUAUCGAUGUGAGCAAUCUGAACAGGCAAUUUCUCUUCCACAAGCAACACGUUGGCAAAUCCAAAGCUGCUGUUGCACGUGAAACUGCACUGACGUUCAAUCCAGAUGUAAAAAUAAAACAUUACCAUGAUAGCAUUACUACAUCAGAUUACAACGUGAACUUUUUCAAAAAGUUUAACGUGGUAAUGAACGCCCUAGAUAACAGAGCAGCAAGAAAUCAUGUAAAUCGCAUGUGCCUAGCUUCAGACAUACCUCUAAUUGAAUCGGGAACAGCCGGAUAUGAGGGUCAAGUAGAACUUAUAAAAAAAGGUGUUAGUCAAUGUUAUGAGUGCACCCCUAAAGCACCUCAAAAGAGUUAUCCUGGCUGUACAAUUCGUAACACUCCUAGUGAGCCAAUACACUGUAUCGUGUGGGCAAAACAUUUAUUCAAUCAACUUUUUGGUGAAGAAGAUCCUGAUCAAGAUGUUUCACCUGAUACGGCAGAUCCGGAAGCAGCUGACACAGCGGGAGAAGGUGCACUGCGCUCAGAAGCUAAUGACAAAGGGAAUGUGGAUCGUGUGUCGACUCGCGCAUGGGCUCAGUCGAGCGGAUAUGACCCAGAGAAAUUAUUUAUGAAACUAUUUCACGAUGACAUCGUCUACCUUCUGAGUAUGGAUAAUUUAUGGAAGAAACGUAGACCACCAAUACCUUUAGAUUGGGCUACCCUACCGGAUGGAGUGCCAGGUUGUAGCAAGGAUACGGUAGAACCGGGACUCCGAGAUCAGCGGCAGUGGAGCAUCGCUGAGUGCGGUUUAAUGUUUGCUAACUCCAUAAAAAGUUUGAGUAAACAGUUAAGCGAACUUCAAAAGAAGUCACCGUCAGAUCAUUUGGUAUGGGACAAGGACGAUCAGAAUGCUAUGGAUUUCGUUGCGGCUUGCUCAAACAUCAGAGCACAUAUUUUUGGCAUUGCACAGAAAACUCGAUUCGACAUCAAAUCCAUGGCGGGAAAUAUUAUACCUGCGAUCGCUACUACAAAUGCAAUAAUUGCUGGCGUUGUAGUUCUUCAUGCAUUUCGAAUUUUGUUGGAUAAUUUAAAAGCAUGCAGAUCAGUGUAUCUACGAUCAAAACCUAACCAUAAGAAUUUGCUACUGGUCCCCGAAAGAUCAGUCAAUCCACCCAACCCGUUAUGCUACGUUUGCGCGCCAACUCCGCAAGUCACAUUAGCUGUAGAUACUACAAAAAUGACCGUCAAAGACCUAGAAGAAUCAGUUAUGAAAAAUCGUCUCAACAUGAUUGCACCAGAUGUCAUGAUCGAUGGUAUGGGAAUCGUAGUUAUCAGUAGCGAAGAAGGUGAAACAGAGGAAAACAAUGAUAAAAUAUUAGAACAGAUCGGUAUUAAGGACGGUACAAUACUGAAGGUUGAUGACUUUUUACAAAAUUACUCCCUUACUGUCACCGUUGUACAAAGAGAAGCACCAGACAUCAAGAGCGAAAGCCCAGAAUUUCUUAUUGCCGCGAAUUCUGAGGAUCUCAAACCAAAAGCAGAAAAACCCAACAGUCACGAAACGUCUAUCUCAAAUGGAAAGGUGGAGAGUAUGGAUGAGGAUGCAGUCAAGGUUGCAGAAUCUGAGAUCACGCCACAACCUUCUGAAUCUGAUGUUGGAAGGAAACGUACGGCAGAAGAUUUGCUAAAUACUCAUCCUACCAAAAAGUCAAGAACAUCGCUUAACGAUGGGAUCGAUGAUAACGAUAUAUGUAUCAUCGAAGACUCCGAUUCAGAUACGCAAUGUGUGUUCGAAAAAUCCGUUACACCGGCAAAGGAUGCCAAGAAAAAUACUGAAGUAAAAUCUCCAAAGGCGGCUAAAGUGUCGCCUAAUAAACGUGCGCUUCGGACGCGUGAGCCAUCUUCAGAUGACGAUUGCUUUAUCGUUUAUGACGAAGGAGACGAAGUGCCUCCUGUGAAAAUAGCGAAAGAGCAAAGUCUUGAAUGAUUUGUGGCAGAAAGAAUUAUUGAAUCAUCCGAUAAAAUGUGCUGACGAGGUAUCUAGGUAUGUUCAAUAAAACUCUUCACUAUCUGUUGAGUAAGAUAUGAUAUUUUCCAUUACGAGUGAAGUGUUCCUGCAACAUCCAGUUUUCAAAUUCGAUUGACAAUUCAGUUCGAACAAUACCUACUGUGAAAAUACAAGAAUAGGUGUGAUAGCUUAUUUGGAGCAAGAAUAUUUUGGUGAGUCGUACAAAUAUUUAACCUUUGGGGUUUUAUCACUAUAAUUUUUUUAACAUAUUAGUACAUACCAGGUCAUAUCUGCCAUAGAUGGAGCAUUUGUUAUAAAAAAAAAAUCCAAUAAAUGGUCACGUAUUUAAUAUAA